UCAUAUAUAUAGCAUACCUAGCACAUACAUCUCUUUUUUUUUUUGUCUUCCUCUGUCUGUCUUUCUGUUUCCCCCUCUCUUCCUCUCCCUCUUCCUCCCACCCACUUCCCUUCGCAAUGUCGGAGCCACGGUCCAAGUCCCCCCAGGACGGCGCAGACAGUGGGCAGUCUUCCACCGCCGCUCACGACGAUAAGCCGCGUCUGACCGAGGAAGAGAAGAAGCAGAACCACAUCGCAUCAGAGCAAAAGCGCCGCGAGGCCAUCCGCGCCGGCUUCGACCGCCUGUGCGAGCUCGUCCCCGGGCUCGAGGGCCACGGCCGCUCCGAGGGCUUCGUGCUUAAGGAGACAGUCAAGUACAUGCGCGAGCAGCUGCUGAAGCGCCGCGAGCUCAUCGAGGCGAGAGAGGCCCAGGGCCACGUCGUCCCCGACCGUCUGAAAGAGCCCCUGAAGAUCCUCGAGAAACUGGAGGAGCGGGACCGGCAGAGGGCACAGGAUGGAGGUCACGAUUCGAACGAUAACGAAGACUAAGCAGACGUAAAUUCUUGUCUUUUUAUGCGUCUGUAUUCUCUCGCGUCUCCCUUUUUUGUUUUUUUCUCUCUCUAGCUAGAAA